UUUUUAUUAUAAAAAAGAGAGAGGAAUUGGGGGAGGGAGGAAAGAUAGGAAGAGAUAGAGAGAGAAAGAGGAACAUAUUUAUCCACAAUUUCUAUUCUUUGGGUUUUCAAGAUUGGGGCUUAUGAGUGUGGUGGUAAGAGGGGGGAAAUUGUAUGGAAACGUGGUUGUAAAUCCUGCAACAUCCCUCUGAAUCUAUCUAUAAUCAAUAACAAUGGUGGAAGCAACGGUCGUGGCGGCUUUCUCUCUCGUAUCACCACUCUCUACCCCUCAACUCUCCAAUUUUAGGGCAUCUUCACCUCUUUUCUCGCUUCAUUAUCCCUCUUCCUCCGCCCCUCGUCUUCUUAUUCGUUCUAACAACACUUUCAACAAUCCAUGCCAUGUCAAUUUCCCUUUUCCUUCACGAUUUCUUAUGUCGACCCACGAUUCCUUUGCUAGGUCAUCCAUUUCUUCUUCUUCGUCUUCUUCUUCUUCCACGAAUAGCGAUGAUGUUUACAGUUCCACGAUGGACGACGACGACGACGACGACGAUGUAGGUGUUGUUUUGGAUAAGUUUGAUGACCCCUCUCCUCCUGAUUUGCCUGAUCGAUGGGAUGUGUUGGGUCUUGGCCAAGCCAUGGUAGAUUUUUCGGGCAUUGUGAAUGAUGAUUUUUUGAUGCGAUUGGGUUUAGAGAAGGGUACAAGAAAGGUUGUGAAUCAUAAGGAGAGGGGUAGAGUUUUGCAAGCUAUGGAUGGAUGCAGCUACAAGGCGGCUGCUGGAGGAUCUCUAUCUAAUACCCUAGUGGCAUUGGCUAGGCUUGGGGUUCACCCCAUUGAAGGCCCUGCGCUAAAUGUAGCUAUGGCUGGUAGCAUUGGUAGUGACCCAUUGGGUGGGUUUUACAGAACUAAACUGCGACGGGCCAAUGUAAACUUUCUUUCUCCACCAGUCAAGGAUGGGACAACAGGGACGGUUAUAGUUCUGACAACCUCGGAUGCUCAACGUACAAUGCUUGCAUAUCAGGGCACGUCUUCUUGUAUUAACUAUGACUCGAGUAUGGAGAGCAUAAUUUCCAAGACGAAUAUUCUAGUUGUUGAAGGAUAUCUGUUUGAAUUUCCUGACACGAUCAAGACGAUUAAGAAAAUCUGUCAAGUUGCUCGUGAUAGUGGUGCUUUGGUUGCUGUUACAGCCUCAGAUGUAACCUGCAUAGAGACACAUUACGAUGAUUUUUGGGAAAUUAUGGAAAACUAUGCCGACAUCGUGUUUGCAAAUAGUGAUGAAGCAAGAGCUUUUUGUCAUUUCUCUUCGGAGGAAAGCCCUGUAUCUUCCACGCAAUAUUUAAGUCAUUUUGUUCCGCUAGUUUCAGUUACAGACGGUCCAAGAGGGUCGUACAUCGGGGUAAAGGGAGAGGCGUUGUAUAUUCCUCCGUCACCCUGUGUUCCGGUCGACACAUGUGGGGCCGGGGAUGCAUAUGCUUCUGGGAUAUUGUAUGGGUUAUUGAGGGGUGCAUCGGAUUUGAAAGGGAUGGGCACAUUGGCAGCCAGGGUUGCAGCCGUGGUGGUUGGGCAACAGGGAACGCGGCUCAGGGUUCAAGAUGCGGCUAGGUUGGCAGAAUCGUUUGAAUUUACCGUUGAAAACUCGUCACUUCAAGCAGAUGUUGGUUCCGACAUUUCUAGUUUGUAAUGUGCGUUUUCGAUAGGUCGUUUGUAGCGGUUCUAUCUCGGGUUUUUCUAAUUAAUUGAUGCUUUGAAUUGAAUAGCUUGUUAAAAAAAUCAUAUGGUUUUGAUUGU